GAACCCGGCGGGGGCUGCCGCACAUGCGCCUUGAGGGAAGAUGGCACCUGCUGGCUGCUGCUGCUGCAGCUGGGGCGGCGCUGUGGCCGCCGCGGGCGCCGCCUGGCGCGUCCUGCUGCUGCUGCUGCUGCUGCUGGGGGUCCUGUCCGCCGGGCCGCGCCUGGGCGCCCUGGCCACCGAGCACUACUCGCCGCUGUCCCUGCUCAAGCAGGAGCUGCAGCACCGGCAGCAGCAGGAGGCCCCGGCGGGCGGCGGCGGCUGCAGCCCGCAGUCCCGGGACUGGGGGGACCAGUACUCUGCCGAGUGCGGCGAGUCAUCAUUCUUGAACUUCCACGACUCAGACUGCGAACCCAAAGGAUCACCGCCCUGUGACUCCUUGCUUUCCCUCAACACUGAAAAGAUCCUGAGUCAGGCCAAGUCUAUAGCAGAACAAAAGAGAUUCCCGUUUGCUACUGAUAACGACAGCACCAAUGAAGAGUUAGCUAUUGCUUAUGUGUUGAUUGGCAGUGGUCUCUAUGAUGAAGCAAUAAGGCAUUUUUCAACAAUGCUUCAGGAGGAGCCUGAUCUGGUUAGUGCAAUUUAUGGCCGAGGGAUAGCCUAUGGAAAGAAGGGACUACAUGACAUUAAGAAUGCUGAGCUUGCUCUGUUCGAACUGAGCCGAGUAAUUACCUUGGAACCAGAUCGUCCAGAGGUAUUUGAGCAGCGAGCAGAAAUUCUGUCCCCUCUGGGUCGCAUUAAUGAAGCGGUGAAUGAUCUCACCAAAGCUAUUCAACUGCAGCCCUCAGCACGGCUGUACAGACACCGAGGGACCCUGUACUUCAUAUCGGAGGACUAUGCAACAGCCCACGAAGAUUUUCAGCAGUCCUUAGAACUGAACAAAAACCAACCUAUAGCUAUGCUAUACAAAGGUUUAACUUUCUUUCACAGAGGACUUUUGAAGGAAGCUAUUGAAUCCUUCAAAGAAGCUUUGAAGCAGAAAGUUGAUUUUAUUGAUGCGUAUAAAAGUCUAGGGCAGGCCUAUAGAGAACUGGGCAAUUUUGAAGCGGCCACCGAGAGCUUUCAGAAGGCCCUGUUGCUCAACCAAAAUCACGUGCAGACCCUCCAGCUGCGGGGAAUGAUGCUCUAUCACCACGGCAGCCUACAGGAAGCCCUGAAGAACUUUAAGCGGUGUCUGCAGCUAGAGCCGUAUAAUGAAGUGUGCCAGUACAUGAAAGGACUCAGCCACGUGGCCAUGGGACAGUUUUAUGAAGGGAUAAAAGCGCAAACAAAAGUGAUGCUGAAUGAUCCUCUCCCGGGCCAGAAGGCCAGCCCAGAGUAUCUUAAAGUGAAAUAUCUCCGAGAGUAUUCUCGAUAUCUUCACGCACACCUCGACACCCCCCUUACGGAGUAUAACAUUGACGUGGACCUGCCUGGAAGCUUUAAGGACCACUGGGCUAAGAAUCUGCCUUUCCUCAUAGAAGACUAUGAAGAGCAGCCAGGAUUGCAACCUCACAUAAAAGAUGUAUUACACCAGAAUUUUGAGAGUUACAAGCCUGAAGUACAAGAGCUGAUUUGUGUAGCUGACCGUUUGGGAUCACUGAUGCAAUAUGAAACACCUGGUUUCCUGCCAAACAAGAGAAUACACAGAGCCAUGGGUUUGGCAGCACUGGAAGUCAUGCAAGCUGUGCAGCGUACGUGGACGAACUCAAAGGUUCGAAUGAAUGGAAAAACACGGCUGAUGCAGUGGAGAGACAUGUUUGACAUUGCAGUAAAAUGGAGAAGGAUUGCUGACCCAGACCAGCCUGUGCUGUGGUUGGAUCAAAUGCCAGCACGAAGUCUCAGCAGAGGUUUUAACAAUCACAUCAAUUUAAUUAGGGGUCAGGUGAUCAACAUGAGAUACCUGGAAUAUUUUGAGAAAAUACUUCAUUUUAUUAAAGACAGAAUUCUUGUUUAUCAUGGAGCUAAUAACCCUAAAGGACUGUUGGAAGUUAGAGAAGCUCUGGAAAAGGUACACAAGGUAGAAGACCUUCUUCCAAUUAUGAAGCAGUUUAAUACUAAAACGAAGGAUGGGUUCACGGUGAACACAAAAGUUCCCAGCCUCAAAGACCAAGGGAAGGAAUAUGACGGAUUCACGAUUACUAUUACGGGAGACAAAGUUGGCAAUAUACUAUUUUCUGUGGAAACUCAAACCACAGAAGAAAGGACGCAAUUAUAUCAUGCUGAAAUAGAUGCACUUUAUAAAGAUCUGACAGCAAAAGGAAAAGUAUUGAUUCUUUCAUCAGAAUUUGGGGAGGCUGAUGCUGUCUGUAACUUAAUCUUAUCCUUAGUUUAUUACUUUUAUAAUUUAAUGCCACUCUCUCGAGGAUCCAGUGUCAUCGCUUACUCGGUCAUCGUGGGGGCACUGAUGGCAAGUGGAAAAGAAGUAGCAGGAAAAAUUCCCAAAGGGAAGUUAGUUGACUUUGAAGCCAUGACAGCCCCUGGCUCAGAAGCCUUUAGCAAAAUAGCCAAAAGCUGGAUGAACUUGAAAAGCAUUUCACCUUCUUAUAAGACGCUGCCAUCGGUAUCAGAGACGUUUCCAGCACUGAGGUCGAUGAUUGAGGUGCUAAACACGGACUCCUCGCCACGUUGUCUUAAGAAACUCUAGUUCCGCUGUGGGAUUUAUACAAGUAAAGGGCCGGACCUCUUGCUUCUUAAGUUAUUUUUUAAAACACGGAAUUAUAAAGAAAUUAGGUCCUUUGUUACUUUUGAUACUGACUUUUGAUAGGAAUUGAAUACUUGAAAUCAUUUUCUUUACCUUCCCGAACCGUAACAAAAAUCAUGAAAGAGGGUUUCUGUGGGGAGGGAAAAAAGCUACUUGACGGGGAGGAAAAGUGUAGGUAUUAGCCAGCGGCCUGUUGGUUUCCACUUUAAAAAGCAUACAGCUCCUUCCUUACACCAAAAGAAAAGUUCUCUUGAACAACCAAAAAUUAAUAAUGAAGAUGAACAAAACCAACAACCAAAUAGGAGUGUUUUCAUUCCUUUAUUUUUCAAAGACUUUCUUUUUAGGUACAUUGUAAUAGGGUAUCUUUUUUUUUUUUUUAACUCACAUAAUCUCCCUGUGUGGGUUCUCCGUUUUAUUUGAACUGCGGAAGAUUCCUGGGCCGUCAGUAUGUGUCACCCAGCCAAGGACACUUGUUUUGAACGAUACAAACAGUAUUCACCAAUGUCCCAAACACUGAAUUAUCGAACCAUUAUUUUUUUUCUCUGUUGGAAAAUAAUAAACUGGGGUGAUUUCUGUAAAUCACCAGUUUUUGGCACUGGA